GGCUACUGGUGAAACGUAUAGUAGCUUGUCUUUUCUUUUUCGUGUAAGUAUAUAUAAUUAAAUUUUUACCUUCAUGUUUAAAAUAUCACAUAUACUUUUAGGUUGGUGUUUCUACAAUAAGCAGCAUUGUACCGGAAGUGUGUGAAUGUUUGAUUCAAGUGCCCCAGGAUUAUGUAAAGUCGAUGUGCUUAAAGGAAAGUGGCAGAACUUGCGUAACCAGUACGCACGAGAAAAAAAGGAGACGAAGCUCCCAACUGGAUCGGCAGCUACGGGAUCGGAUGGAACUUGGCGUUACUACCAAAACCUGCAAUUCCUUGCCGCAUCGUACUCAUCUCGGCCAUGCGUAAGCAAUAUUCCAGCAGCAGUUGAGGUGGUCGAAGAAGAUUCUCCACAAGAUAUCGCAGGACAAUUUUGUGAUGCUGACAACGACAACCAUCAGCAACCAUCCACUAGCCGAGGACCAGCCUCGCGAAAUAUUGACAAACAAAUACGAGACCUUAUUGAGCUCGAAAAUAGAAAGAUCUCAACCAUAGAAGAAAUUAAAAAAAUCCUCUAUUGACCUCUUUGCCAUUAGUAUAUCGAAUGAUAUAAAGAAGUUGUCGUUUAUUAGGCAACUUCAAGCAAAGCAAGUUAUUCGGGGGCCGUACGGCGUCGUUGGAACAUUAGAGGUCUGCGAAACAACCUCGACAGUCUCAAGCUAUUACUGAUCUGUCACUCUGAUCGUUCGCUUGUGGUUGUCUCACGCUCUGUUUCUUACCAGUAUUUUUGUGUGUAAAUCGUAACUGAUCGUUAUCUGUGGCCGCAUCGUGUCCUUCGUGCCUGCAAUCGAUAAUGGGAGAAAAUGUUUACUUGUGUGCUGGACUACGCAAUAACACCUACCAUGAAGCUUGUCUGGGGAUCUCGGAUGAGGUUUUGGCUGAAAUCUUGAAACCAGGAUCACAAUCAUCGUGAUCUUGCGCGAGCUGUACCGUCCUACGAGGCUGCAAAGCAACGCUGCUGGAGGAGUUCACUGAUAUUCUGUCCAUCUUUAAAAUGGUGUUGUUGAAUGAAUUUGACGUAAUGCGCCUAAACGUAGGCUAAUUGAUUACACUCCACCGAAAACAGCAACUACAGA